UGCACGUGACAGUUUAUGACUGGUUGACAGCCAAUUUAUGCGUAAAUCUGAGAGCAGACCCUCCUACGAAAAGCAAAUUAGGAAGUAACUGGUACAUUUCCUCUGUUAAAUUAACAGUUAUAAUUUAUUUCACGGCACUGGAAAGGAAAAUAUGUUUUCUGCUGGGGCAGAGAGUUUAAUCAAACAGGCCAGAGAAAUACAAGAGGAUGAGCUGCAAAAGUUUUAUAAAAGGAUAUCAAAACUACUUCACUGCAAAGAUUAUGGAAUUGAAACUGUGGAUUCACUGCAGAGGCUGUAUCUCAUUCUAUCGGCAACCAAAUACACUAGGAGUUUGCCUGCAGAUAUUCUUCAUCCAUUGCAGACACUACUUUGUUACUCAAAGUCCAGCGAACAAUUAUUCACGCUGUCUUCUGCGAUUUUAAGAGAGAGCACUCAGUGCAACCUUGAGGAUAUAACACUAGAUGACAUUCAAGACAGCAAAACCUUGAGUUACUUGACUACAGUGAUUCUUGCACAGGUUGGUAAACAGCAGGAUGUUUCAUCAUUGAGUCAGCAUGUUGUUAGGUGUUUAGAGACUCGCCAGCCAGAGAACAACAAUUCCCGAUGUUUGCUACCUAUCCUGUUGAAGCUCAGCAGCCUUUCACCUGAGUGCUUAAAUGAAGAUCAGAUCAAUGUGGUCAGUAAAAAGCUUGUUGAUUGGCUGCGUUAUGCCAGUACACAGCAAGGUGUGCCAUUGUCUGCAGGGGGUUUCUUUACUGGAACAAGAACACGACAGCCAGUUCCAAUCACAGAAGUUGAUGGAACUGUUGCUGCUGAUUUCUUUACUGUCCUCUGCCUUGGCCAAAGCUAUACAGAAGACCAAUGGAUGAAUAUGCAUGCUUUUUCUAUGAUAAGAAAAUGGCUUCUCUCUUAUAGUACAGAAGACAAUAGUAGUGCAGAUUCAGAUGACAGAUCAGAAAUUGAUGGCUCUGUCAUGUCGAUGGUUUCAGCAACUUCCACAUCAAGUCGUUUACUUCCUCCUAAAGAACGUCUGCGAGAGAAGUCUUUUGAGUAUUGUCAUCGUCUGAUAGAGCAAAGUGAUAGAAAAGCUUUGAAGAGAAUAGAUGCAGAGCUCCAAAAGGCUUGCCUGAUAGAAGCUGUUACAGUGAUGGACAUCAUUUGUAGGGAGGAUCAUUCAUAUGUAUACCGUGCCUUUCCUUGUGUGAAAGCUCUGUAUGGCAGGAUCAAUGGUGACCUUUUAUUCUCUAGAGCAUUGCUGCCAAUUGCUCAAUUUUAUUUAAAUCACAGUGAGACAGCAGCUAUUGAUUCAGAAGCCCUAUACCGACAGCUGUUUGAAAAUAUCCCUCCUGAAUUAUUCCAUGAUUCUGUUUUUGCAUUUGAAUUCAUCCAGUUCUGCAGAGCCAAUGUUAAGGUGCUUAGUGAAAGAGUGAAUGUAUUCCAGUUAAGCUUUCCUAAUCUGUUGAAGUUUCUGGCAUGGAACAGUACCACACUGCUCCCUGAAUUUAUUGAUUUACUUCCAUUUUUGAUAACUACUGAUAAGGCUGUUGAAAUUCUCCAUACAUUGCUGGACCUUCCUUGUUUAACAGCAGUUCUUGACAUACAGCUCAGGUCAAAUUCAUUGCAAGCCUCUGAAAGGAUUCCCCUGGAUCAAAAUUCCAAAGUGUCCAGCUCAAUGGACGCAUUCAGACAUCCAUACUAUAGGGGUAUGUUCCUGUAUAUGCUAAGAAGUGAAGCUGGAACUGGAGACACAAUUGACAGGCUGAAUGUGCUUCAUGAGGUGUUAAUGGACAUGGCUGAAUACCCAAGGAUUGUGCAGUGUGCACAAAUAGUUCCCAUCCUGCUUCAUGUGUUUUUUAAUGUCAUAGCACAGAGUACAGACAAGAUGUUGAUCAACCAGCUGAUUUUAGUGCUUUUGGAAAGAAGCAGUUUGCUUUUUGAUGUACAAAACUACAAGACAGAAGUGCAGCGGGUCUUCAGUUCUCAGUUUCUUGUUCUAUGUAGGCUGCACCCUCCAUUGAUUGUGGAGCAGUCUAAGGAGCUCCUGGAAUUUCUGGGUGCAACUGGAAACAUCCAGAAUAAAGAGAACUUUUUUACAUAUGUGGUCUGGGCUGUCGGCGAAUACCUGUCUGUCUCUUAUGACAGAAGGUGCACUGUGGAGCAGAUUACCUUGUUCUUUGAAACUUUAGAAGCUGUUCUAUUUGAAAUUACCCAAGUCAGGCAGUGCACUGGCUCGCACGUACAUAAUCCCCGAGUGAUCACUGUGCUUAUGACAACGUUAGCCAAACUUGCUUCACGAAGUCAGGACCUCAUCCCAAGAGUUUCAUUGUGCCUCUCCAAAAUGAGCACAUUUGCACACAAAAAGGCAGCAUCUUCAUGUUACAGUGAGGAUGAUACAGAAGAGAUUGUCACUCGUGCCAAUGAACUGAUCAACCUACUGAAGUUGCCAAGUGUGGCUCAGUUUGUGCUGGCACCUUCCAUGGAUGGGAUUAAUCCACAGUGGCACAGGGAUACAAGUGCAGCUCUGCCACUAGUCAUGCGCACUAUGAGUGCAGUCCUACAGAGGGAGUCUGGCUUUUCUCCUGCAUUGUGUCCAGAUUAACCUUACCUUCAGUCUUCUUUAAGAACUUGAACUCC